UUUGGCGUACUAUCUAGUAGGUUAGUAUGCGGUUUGGGACGCAGCCCGUGGCUUUUAUUGGAGUAACAGCUUUACCACAGACGGGGAAAGUGGGCGAAAAAACAACCUUAGAAUCGGAUACUUGGCAAAUAAAAGCGACCAAUUGGGUGAAAUGGGUUCUGAACCUCCAUCAUCUCCUCAGCUGGUGGAUGAAGGAGUUGAUGAGGAUGAUGAAGAGCUGAGCGGAGGAGAGGAAGCCGAGCUCCGUGUGUCGUCUGGACGGGGAUCGGUGCUGACUCGGAGGGGAAUCACACUACGCGUGCUGCUGAAAGACGGCCUGGUGGAGCCGGGAGACGCCGUCCUGUCCAUACACUACCUGGGGAAGAACUUUGUGGGUGACCUGCUGACCGAUGGGAAGAUCCGCUGGGUGGAAACGGGGCAGAUCUUUAACUCCCCGAGUGCCUGGGCCACACACUGCAAGCGUCUGGUGAACCCUGCCAAGAAGUCGGGCUGCGGCUGGGCGUCGGUGCGCUACCGAGGACAGAAACUGGCCCAGUACAAAACCAGCUGGCUGCGAAAAUACCAGCCCAGUGCUGACAUGUGUCUGGCCAGUGAAGGAGAGGACGACGAGAUGGGAGACGACGAAGAGGAGGAGGGGAAGACGGCUAUUCCAACAGACGAAAGAAACAGGAAGUCCAAACCAGAGUUCCACGAUGUCAGUGUGGUGCACAGGAGAGGAGACAGAGAGAGAAUCCCAGUCAGAUACUGCACACUGGGAACCAGAGACAUCGCCAGAGAUCCUCACACGCUGGUGGAGCUCUCAGCCUUCUCUGCCAUCAACCGCUUCCAGCCGUUUAACGUCGCUGUCUCCAGCAACGUCCUGCUGCUCAUGGACUUUCACUGUCACUUGACUACGAGUGAGGUGGUGGGCUACCUGGGAGGUCGAUGGGACACUACAACACAGCUGCUGACGGUUCUGCGAGCGUUCCCGUGUCGCACGCGACUGGCUGACCGAGACGCUGCACCUGCCGUGGAGGAAGAGAUUUGUCAGAACCUGUUCAUGAGAGGGCUCUCACUGGUGGGCUGGUACCACAGUCACCCUCGAGGCCCCGCCCUCCCGUCGCUGCAGGACAUCGAUUCGCAGAUGGACCACCAGCUCCGCCUCCAGGGCAGCAGCAACGGCUUCCAGCCCUGCCUGGGCAUCAUCUGUGGACCUUAUUACCAUGGCAACCAGGGUGUGGCAUCAACCAUCACUCCAUUCUGGGUGGUUCCUCCUCCAGAGCAAAGGCCGAAUGAUUACGGUAUCCCAGUGGCAGUGGAAGUCACAUACGUGCAAGACAACUUCCUCACUACAGACGUCCUCAAUGAAAUGAUGAUGCUGGUGGAGUUUUAUCGAGCAGCUCCUGACCUGGUCAAUUUUAAUCAGAUGUGGUGUUCUGAUACAUCAAUACUGGAGAAAAUGAAGGCGUCCCUGAGUGGCCACGCCCCCAAAGACCAGGCCUACUCUCAAAUCCUGGAGCACGUCUACAACCAACUGCGCAACAUGCAGUGAUGGAAGCGUCCUCUCUGUCUCUUCUCGCUGUUGAUCUGUGUGUGGGAUCUAAGAACAUCCCACUUUGACCUGAUGUACACACACACACACUCACACACACAGUGAGUGCUAUUGUAUCAUCAUGGCUGCCUCCUUAACCGUGGACACUCUGUGAACAUGUCUUCCAUUAAUGUAGACAGAAUCACGUGGAUAGGUUAGAAUAGAAGAAUGUGUUUUCUUUUAUAUUUAUCCAGAUAGCGCGCACACACACACUGCAAUUUUACAUCUCACGGUUUCCUAAUAGGGAAAAUUCAGCACAUCAUUUUGGAAAAUCGUUACUGUUGCUGUAAUUUUCUUUAUAUACCUCAUUUUACGGCUUAAGAUUUUUACUCCACAUCACAAGAGGAGGCUGGCGCAGUACUACCUUUCAGCUCCAGGUCUCUGUGUUCGUGUGGGUUUCCUCCCGGUUCUCCGAUCUCCUCCUGUUCCCAGAAAAGCAGCAGUUGGAUUUCCGAAUCUAAAUGACUAGGUAAAUGAGUGUGUGUGCAUGGUACCUCGAUGUGCUGGGUGUGUCCCUGUUUCAUGCUCAGGACAUUAAUAGGGAUGUCAUAAAAUCCUCACCAGGCGGGGGCGCUGUGUUACAACACUUGUGAGUUUCAAUCACACAGUACAGUUAUUUGUAUUUAUGUGUGGCUAGAUGCGGAAAAAAAAGAAAGCUGGCCUACUGAAUAUGUUUAAAUAUACACUGGAAUAUACCUGUGGAA